AUGUGCCCCUUUCUUCCCUGCUGGUCCUGCUGCUGUCUGCUCCUGUUUUUCUCCCUGGGAGUCCAGGGGGUCCCAAAGGAUCCCCUUGCUGCCCCGGAGCAAGUCCACCUGUCGUACCCAGGUGAGCCGGGCUCCAUGACUGUAACCUGGACCACAUGGGUCCCAACCCACUCUGAAGUACAGUUCGGGCUGCAGCUAUCAGGGCCCCUGCUCCGGGCCCAGGGCACCGUCAGCCCCUUUGUGGAUGGGGGCUUUCUCCGGCGGAAGCUCUACAUACACCGCGUCACGCUGCAGGGGCUGCUGCCGGGGGUCCAGUAUGUUUACCGCUGUGGCAGUACUCAGGGCUGGAGCCGCCGGUUCCGCUUCAGGGCCCUAAAGAAUGGGCCCCACUGGAGCCCCCUUCUGGCUGUAUUUGGGGACCUGGGGGCUGACAACCCGAGGGCCCUACCUCGGCUGCGCAGGGACACUCAGCAGGGCAUGUACGAUGCUGUUCUCCAUGUGGGAGACUUUGCCUACAACAUGGAUCAGGACAACGCUCGUGUCGGCGACGAGUUCAUGCGUCUCAUCGAACCUGUGGCUGCCAGCCUCCCCUACAUGACAUGCCCUGGGAAUCAUGAGGAACGCUACAACUUCUCUAACUACAAGGCUCGCUUCAGCAUGCCCGGAAACAAUGAGGGCCUGUGGUACAGCUGGGAUCUGGGCCCUGCACACAUCAUCUCCUUCUCCACCGAAGUAUAUUUCUACCUCCACUACGGCCGCCACCUGGUAGAGAGACAGUUUCACUGGCUGGAGAGAGACCUCCAGAAAGCCAAUAAGAACCGGGCAGCCCGGCCGUGGAUCAUCACCAUGGGUCACCGGCCCAUGUACUGUUCCAAUGCGGAUGUGGAUGACUGUACGUGGCAUGAAAGCAAGGUUCGAAAAGGCCUCUUCGGCAAGUUAUUUGGAUUAGAGGAUCUUUUCUACAAAUACGGGGUCGACCUGCAGCUGUGGGCUCAUGAGCACUCGUAUGAACGACUGUGGCCAAUUUACAACUACCAGGUAUUUAACGGCAGCCGAGAGAUGCCCUACACCAACCCUCGAGGCCCUGUCCACAUCAUCACAGGAUCUGCUGGCUGUGAGGAGCGGCUGACCCGCUUCACCCUCUUCCCGCGGCCUUGGAGCGCCGUGCGGGUGAAGGAGUACGGGUACACGCGGUUACACAUCCUCAACGGGACCCACGUACACAUCCAGCAGGUGUCCGAUGACCAGGAUGGAAAGAUUGUGGAUGAUGUAUGGGUGGUGAGACCCCUGCUCCACCGGAUGAUGUACCUCUAG